AUGCGGCUGCGGCUCGGGCAGGUGCUGCCGGCGCUGUGCCUCGGCGCCGCCUUUCCCCUGCUGUGGUUCGCGCUGAGGCACGGCGGCCCAGGAAAUGGCUUAGAUACGUACGAACAGCAGCUGCUGGAACUUCAGCAAAGACUGUUGUAUGCUGACGUGGAAAACAAAAAAAUAUCACAUGAACUGAGCAGUGCCCUAGAUGAAAUCAAAAAUAUAGCUGCAAGAGGAAUGAACAUGACAAAAAAUCGCACAGGUGAAUUAAAGUGGAAAGAGUUAACCCUGCCCAGAAAACUUCCCGUGCACCUUACAAACAUCUACUACUAUCUCCCUCACCUGCGAGAAUAUGAAGAUGCAAUUUUCCCAAAUGUUAUUUUUGGGCAACAGAGAACUGGAGUCUCCCUGGUGAUGGGUAUUCCUACAGUGAAAAGGGAAAAACAAAAUUACCUGAUUGAUACUCUGCAUUCCCUGCUGUACCAACUCUCUGAGGAGCAGAAGAGGGACUGUGUAAUAAUCAUCUUUGUAGCAGAGGUGGAUGCAGAGUAUGUUAAGAGUGUUGCAGAAAGUGUUAAAACCAGCUUCCCCAGAGAAGUCCAGUCUGGAGUCCUGGAGGUUGUUUCUCCUCCUGCUUCCUAUUACCCAGACCUUUCCAACCUGCAGAAAACGCUCGGAGAUUCUGAGGACCGAGUAAGGUGGAGAACUAAACAGAAUUUGGACUAUAGCUUUUUAAUGCUGUAUGCUCAGCCUAAGGGAACGUUUUAUUUACAGCUGGAAGAUGAUAUUAUAGCCAAGCCUGAUUUUGUUGAGAGCAUAAAAAGCUUUGCUGCUCAGCAGUCCCAAGAUUGGAUGGUUCUUGAGUUCUCACAGCUUGGAUUUAUUGGAAAAUUGUUUAAAUCAGAAGACUUACCACAAAUAGUGGAAUUUUUUCUCAUGUUCUAUAAGGAUAAGCCUAUAGACUGGCUCAUAGACCACCUGCUCUGGGUUAAAGUGUGCAAUCCAGAGAAGGAUGCAACACACUGUGAGAAGGAAAAGUCAAAGUUGCGUGUCCGUGCUAAGCCAUCUCUCUUUCAGCACAUGGGAACCUUUUCAUCCUUGGCUGGGAAGAUACAGAAUUUGAAAGAUAAAGAUUUUGGAAAAAUGUUGCUACAUAAAGCACAUAAUAAUCCACCUGCAAAAGUGGACACAAGCCUAAAAAUAUAUGAGCAAUAUACCCUGGAAAAAGUUUACAAAGGACAAGACUGUUUUUGGGCCUUAGCUCCAGUGGCAGGUGACUACAUCAGGUUCACAUUUUUAAAUCCACUAGAAGUUGAAAAGUACUUGUUCAGAAGUGGGAACGUGGAGCACCCUGGUGAUAAACUGUUUAACACCACUGUGGAAGUGCUGCCAGCUGAUAAAACGCUAAGAAAAGAAUUGAUUCACAAUGGCAGUAAAUUUAACUACCCAGCAACCAAAGACGGAUAUUUAAAAAUAGGGGCUUUUGAAAAUGGCACAGCAGAAGGCAGCAUCAGCCAGGCAAUAGGAAGAAUAGAGGCCAUUCGUUUAUCAGUCAGCUCUGACUCUCCAGUCUGGGCAAUACUCAGUGAGGUACUUAUCAAGACAUCUGAAAACUGAAAAAAAUACAUUUUUGAUGUGUCACUUGUUAUGUAUUUCUGGAAAACAAGGCUGACUUCAACAAAACAAAACAAAAAGACUGGGACAAAAGAUCCAAUUCCAUGCCCUGUUAGUUCUUAAUGCUCUGUAUUAGGAAAGAGUUGGGAUAAAUCUUAGGUCUUUAUAUGACAAGGUAUAUGAAAACAAUGUUAGUAAUUUCCAUAACAUGUUCUUGAGAAAUAUGUCAUGUAUAAACAUUAAAAAGAUAUUAUUACAAGCAAUUGAUAAGGCAUUACAGCCUGCCUCAGGGACCAAAGCAUAAAGGUAUAAGGAGUUUCACCAGAAAUAAAAAUACAGGCAUUUUUGAAAAAUAUUCAGGACACGGUGUUCAACUCCAUUGAAAACACUGGUCAGUUUUGUAGGGAAAUUAGAACUGAAGGAAAAGUUGUCAAUAUUCAUUGCAGGUAUUUAAAGUAGUUCACAGGAACAACUUAAUGUUAUGGAAAUUGAUCUCGAACUUAAUAUAAAUGUGUUUCAGCCUUAAUGUGCCAUGAGUUAUGUUAAAUAUUUUUUUCAAUAAAAAUUUCCUACAAAUUACCAUGUGAAUAACUUGAAACUUAAACAAGUAUUUUUUGGAAGAUUGUAUAACUUCUCAGUGAAUUGUGCAUUGAAUUAAUUACAGGAAAUAAGGGUAUUACGUGUAACUAUAUUUUUGUAAAAAGAAAAUCUAUUUAAAUAAAAUUUUGGAUCCUGAAAUUA